UAACUGUUUGUAACAAGUUUGGUGAAACCAUACAUUGGGACAACUUUGUGAAUUUUUUCUGUCCUGAACUGCUGAUAAAAAGUGGCCUGCUUGCGAAGAGCAAGAGCUAUAAAUUAAAUUGUCACUGGGUGCUUUUCCAAGUCCUGAUCAGGGAAGAAACUUAAUACUGCACUUUAUGUCAUUUCUCCCCCCACCCACUGCCCCUUUUGGGAAGAGUUAAAGAUUUGGAAAUGGGUCUUGACAGCAGCUUUAGCUGCUAAAUAACUCAAUGAUAAAUAACAGAGACUUGAAGAAGGCAUUCAUGGAUGGGACUUCUCCAUAAGUGAACAGUAACAAACAGCAGCAGAACGAAAAACAGUUUUCUUUCAGAGAGUUGUGCAAAUCCAUCCUGAUGGAAGGAGAGGCAACAGGGAGCUCGAUGCCAGCCAACAAGAGAGCAACCAGCAAACUUCUCCAGCUGUCCCUCGGUGUGUUUGUGAGCAGCACAGUCGUGCUUGGCAUUGCCCUUUUUCUGGUUAGUCAAGGACAUAUAAAAUUUCAUGCAAAGCAACAAUAUUGCUUGACAUCUGAAUGCAUUGAAGCUGCUGCCUCCAUCAAAAGCAAGCUAAAUAUGUCUGUGGACCCCUGUGAUAACUUUUUCCGGUUUGCCUGUGAAGGAUGGUUACAAGAUAAUCCAAUACCAGAAGAUUAUUCAAAUUAUGGAAUCUAUCCUUGGCUGAGACAUAAUGUGGAUCUAAAGUUGAAGGCUCUCCUUGAAAAACCUCUCAGCAAAAGGAGAGACAGUGAUGCUGUACAGAAGGCCAAGAUACUUUAUUCUUCAUGUAUGAAUGACAAUAAGAUAGAGAAAGCUGAUGCAAAACCACUUCUAAACAUGCUGAAACAUUCGCCAUUCCGCUGGCCUGUGCUGGAAUCAAACAUUGGGCCUGAAGGUCUGUGGUCAGAAAGGAAGUUCAGCAUGCUCCAGACCCUUGCUACUCUUCGUGGUCAAUACAGCAAUUCUGUUUUCAUCCGAUUAUAUGUGGCUUCAGAUGAUAAGUCUUCUAAUGAGCACAUCAUAAAGUUAGACCAAGCGUCUCUGACUCUGUCAGCCCGGGAAGACUACCUGGACAAUACCACAGAAGCUAAAUCUUACAGAGAUGCCUUGUUCCAGUUCAUGGUUGAUACUGCAGUCCUUUUGGGUGCCAACGCUUCACAUGCAGAGUUGGACAUGAAGUCAGUGCUUAAAUUAGAAAUCAAAAUUGCUGAGAUAAUGAUUCCACAUGAGAAUCGAACCAGUGAAUCUAUGUACAACAAAAUGAACAUAUCAGAACUCAGCACCAUGAUCCCACAGUUUGACUGGCUGGCAUAUAUCAAGAAGGUGAUUGACACUAAACUCUAUCCUGACCUGAAAGACACUGAUGCUUCAGAGAAUGUGGUCAUCCGAGUGCCCCAGUAUUUUAAAGAUUUAUUCAGGAUACUAGAAAGAGAAAGGAAAAAGACUAUUGCCAACUAUCUGGUAUGGAGAAUGGUUUAUUCAAGAAUAUUCAACCUCAGCCGACGUUUUCAGUAUAGGUGGCUGGAAUUUUCAAGGGUAAUCCAAGGAACAGCAUCCUUAUUGCCUCAAUGGGAUAAAUGUGUAAACUUUGUAGAAAGUGCUCUCCCAUAUGUUGUUGGCAGAAUAUUUGUAGACCUACAUUUCCAAGAAGACAAGAGAGAAAUGAUGGAAGAGCUGACUGAAGGAAUUCGAUGGGCCUUUAUAGACAUGUUGGAAAAUGAAAAUGACUGGAUGGAUUCAGAUACAAAAAGAAAAGCUAUUGAAAAGGCAAAAGCAGUUUUGGCAAAAGUGGGUUACCCUGGAUUUAUAAUGAAUGAUACAUAUAUUGCAGAAGGCAUCAAAACAAUGAAGUUUUCAGAGACAGACUAUUUUGGUAAUGUACUUCAGACUCGCAGACAUGUGGCCCAAUCUGAUUUCUACUGGCUGAGAAAAGAAGUCCCCAAAACAGAGUGGUUUACUAGUCCAACUACAGUCAAUGCCUUUUAUAGUUCGUCUACAAAUCAGAUCAGGUUUCCAGCGGGAGAACUGCAGAAGCCUUUCUUCUGGGGAACAGAAUAUCCCAGGUCAUUAAGCUAUGGUGCUAUUGGAGUAAUCGUUGGGCAUGAAUUUACUCAUGGAUUUGAUAACAAUGGUCGUAAAUAUGACAAGAAUGGAAAUUUGAAUCCCUGGUGGUCCUUGCAGUCAGAAGAAAAAUUCAAAGAGAAAACAAAAUGUAUGGUCAAUCAGUACAACAACUAUUACUGGAAAAAAGCAGGAUUGAAUAUAAAAGGAAAAAGGACUUUGGCAGAAAACAUUGCAGAUAACGGAGGGUUGCGAGAGGCUUUCAGGGCCUAUAGGAAAUGGGUCAAGGAAAAGAGACAAGGAGAGGAAGAGGCUCUGUUACCAGGCAUUGACUUCACUCAUAACCAGCUCUUCUUUCUGAGUUAUGCUCAUGUGAGAUGUAAUUCAUUUAAACCAGAAGCUGCAAGAGAACAAAUCUACACUGGAGUUCACAGUCCCCCUCACUUCAGAGUUAUUGGUGCUAUGAGUAAUUUUGAGGAAUUCCGGAAAGCUUUCAACUGUCCAGAAAAUACUACAAUGAAUCGAGGUGAAGAUUCCUGUCGGCUUUGGUAGCACUUCCUCAAGAAUCCUGUAGAGAAAUCACGCCUUCAUUUCACUGACUUGCUAUUGCUUCAGAACUGCAUUGAUCAGCUGUGGACCAAUAUUGUGUUCUGUAGCAUUCCCAUCCUGGUGCUUGACCCAAACAGAUCUGCCAUUAUUUAAUUGCUUGUUCAUAGGCACAGAAUAAUUCAAAAUAUAUCAUAUAGAAAAGAACAGGUCAUUUUUUAAAAAACAUGUUCUUUAUUAAGUUCAUAACCAAUACAAAUCUGUAAUAUAGUAUUCUGAUUGCUAUGAAACAAUGCAACAUUUGCAAGAUUACAAUGCUAUAUUUCCACUUUUUUGUGGUGGUCAGGCUGAUAUUUGAAAUUAGUCAAUUGGCAUAUCCAAAACCAACAAACCGACAUAUUCAGUAAAAUACUGAUUCUCAGCAGUCACAUGCCUCUUUCCCCUACCUUCUUCAGGUGUUGAUCAGAAGGAUCUUUGAGAGCAGAACUCUAAGAAACAAGGUUGCUUAACCUAUUCUCUUUCCACUGCCUAUCUCAGUUGUGUGGUGGAAGAGAUACAAAUGAAGCACACUGUGUCCACUGUAGCUUCAGACACGCAUGCUGCCUUCCACCUAUGAAUGCAUAUCAAUUGCUGUAUGAUGCACACACACAACACACACACACACAAUCUAUUUUUCAAUUUAUGUAAUACUAAUUUGAUGGAAAAACCUUUAAGGCACUUUUUCUUUCUUGAUAUUGCUUUCCCCAUACUGCUUUAGCUUGCCAAUUAAUCAGGCUUCCAUUCUAACUAGUAUGUACCUCAUACACAAAGCAAAAACAAUAAAACCCCCUCCUCAGCUGUAGUGAAUAUCGCAACAUGGCAAUAACAUUUCUCAAUGUGCAGACUCAUCCAUCCUAUGUGCAUCACAGGUCCUUUACCUGAAUUCUAGGCAUCAUUUAUCUUCAUAAUAUAAUGAAAUAAAAGAACUGUGAAAUGGAUAAUCCUGAAACGGAAACAUCACAAUAAUUUAAAUGUCAGACACCUGAUCCUGUAAUGCCAGUUUAAGCACUUUCUCCACAUAUCUUUAGCAACGUGGAUGUUGUAGCUUUUUUGUUCCACACUGGUUAGGUAUGCAAAAACUUAGGUAUAUCAUUAAAUCCUUGCUCAGUUAAUUGCACAUUGGCCUCAUGACAAAUGCUUUUGAUAAUAUGCAAAGAGUAGAUUUUCUAAAAGAGUGGGUUUUUAAUCUACAUAAUAUACUGUUCUGGGCCUGAACAGCAUAUAGGGAAAGCAGAGGGAUGUUUUGCAGCAUUACAGAAUGUCCACUUGCUCUGAGAACUGAAGACACCACCACUUGCUUGCAAAGUAGGAAGACUUAAAAGGGCAGCUUCUGGCAUGGCAUUGCUUUGUCUUUCUGAGAGUUCUCAUUGGGUGUAGUGCCAGAAUUGGUCCAAUAAUUCCUAUGGACUGCAGAGCUAUUGGAAGGGACAGUGCCGAUUCACAGCCGCAGAUGGACUCAAGGGGGGCAAUUAUAGUUCAGCUCAAAAGAUUUGACCAUUUCUAGUAUCUUGGGCUUAGAAGUCUCCAUUGCAGGAGAGAUCAGGAGCUUGCAGUGACAACAUUGAUUCCAUGGAGUCUGUGAUUGUAGACGGUCACCUUAGAGCUCUACAAUCUCAAAAUAAAAAAUUCCCAUAGAUAGACACAAAGUUUUACUACCCUGUAGUAACAGUAGGAUUCUUGCUGGUAAAGUUUUGAGUAAAGAGUGAGAAAAACUUAUAUCUUUUUCCAGUUUUUUUAACUGCUUAAAUUGCCUACCUUUUUCAGGAAAAAAGUAUUUCCAUAUAAAAAUAGGUUUAGAAAUAUUGCUGUAUACAUUUCUGCACAUUUAUAUUUAAGGAGAUGGAAUUGAAAACUAAGUGGUUGAAAUAGUAGGAUAAUUUUGUUAACGAUCAUAUAAGCAUUCCCAAAUCACAGAUGAAGAUUAAAAUGACAGCAUUUUUAUCCAUUGUAUGACAUUUUUCUGCUGUAAUCUGCUUUUGAGUUCACUUGUGAAAAAAGAUGUGAUAAGUUUUUAAUAAAUAAAUCUUGCAAGCUAUUCCAA